UAUCCAAUUCAAAAAAAUUUUGUUCUUAUCCUUGGCCAAAUUUUGAUGAAUUACUUGUCAUGUUUAAAGACUUUAACCGAUAAAGUCAAACCAACAUUUGAAUCUGUAAGGACUGAUUUAAACGAGAUUAAAGAAUAUAUAUUACCAAUAUCCAAUCAUACAAAUAAUUAUAUUCAAGAUACAACUAAUUUUGCAAAAAAACAUAUAUUGAAUAAUAUAUAUGAAAGUUCUCGAGUUCUGAAAGAAGGUAUUGAUACAAUAUGGAAUGCCCAUAUUGAUUCAACUGCUGGUGAUAAUAAAAAUUCUAUAUGGGAUAAGAAAAAGGCUACAUUGAUUCAAAUUCAAGAAACUGAACAAACAUUUUUACAAGAUUAUUCUGAUGAUUCUAACUAUCUCCAAUGGGAGAAAGAUUACAAAACUAAUACCAAUCAAAAUAACCAAAUAUUAUUAGAAUAUCCUCAUUUGAAGAAAUCCUAUGAAAACUUAGUGCCAAAUAAGGUAAAUGAUACCGAUUUUUGGAAAAAAUAUGAUUACAAGGUUCAUUUAUUGGAAGAAGACGAGAAAAUGCGGCAAUCACUUUUAUUACGCGCAUCCACGUCUCUUAAAGACGAUUUAGCAUGGGAUGGAAACGAAGAUGAUUGGGAAAUAACUUCGUCACUAAUAUCAACCCCGGAAAUCAUAUCUCCCGAUCAAGAACACUCAGUCAAUAAUUCUAACAUCACUUUAAUAGAAGAUGAGAUAGAAGGAGACGAUAACAAUAUUGUGAAAAUUGACAAGCUUCUCGAGAUACAUAAUUCUGCCUUUGCUAAAAAUGCUGCCACUAAAUCGACAAAAUCUGCCAUAGAAAAUUUAUCGUCUUCAAAUAAACUCGAACCACUAAACAUAGAUAUUAAAGAAGGCAAAAACUCUACACCCCUUAAUAAAAACAAGGCUAAGAAAAAAGAUUCAUCACAUGCGGAUUGACAUGAUGUAUAAACCUUUUCUACCCCUUCUUUUAUUUGGAAAAAGCGUUAAAUGUAUUUGUAUUUAUUCUAACAAAAUUAUAAACAAAUUUGUUAUAGCAUGUGGCAAUUUUUUAAAAUAAUAUAUUUCUCAAACCUGAAAAAGUGGGUCAUAAAUAAAUAACCAACAAAAAAUAGCCUUAUUUUUGAUAGGAUAAUACUAAUAUAAUUAUAUACCUUAUAAAUUUUAAUUGGGGGUAUUUAUAUAUUUUUAAAUGAUCAAUACAAUUUUACCAUAAUUAGUUAAUAUUUUGAUUUAAAAUCUAUUUAUUAUGCACAAGAAUAAUAUUUAUAUUAAAUUUUUACAAUGUUGUUUAAAAAUUAUUUAUAUAAUAAUAAUUAUGAUAAUUGAGAGUUUAUGUUCGGUAUUAUAAGCUCACAUCACAUUAUUUUGUAUAUGAGAUCAAUUAUCAAUUUUUUUUUAGAAAGGCGGUAUAUUUU